AUGGCCGAAGACAAAGUGCACGAGGCCGCCGCCUCGGCGGGAGGUCCCGUGCCUCCUUAUAACGGUGCGGGCAAGGUUGAAUACAAGGCUCAGGAUGCCAUUGAAUCUGUUGAUGAGGCUUUGCGGCACUACCACUCCACGGAGGGACAGGGUUCGGACUCAUCUAUGACCAAGGUCAUUCAGAAUGCCAAAGCGGCCACAGAGAAGGAACAGAAUAUGAGCCUGAUGGAGGGUUUCAAAUUGUACCCCAAGGCUGUCGCUUGGAGUGUGCUCAUCUCGACUUGCAUUGUCAUGGAGGGAUAUGAUAUCAGUCUUGUGAACAACUUCUAUGCUUUCCCGCAAUUUAAUAGGAAGUAUGGUACAUUGCAAGCGGAUGGUUCCUAUGAGGUAUCGGCUUCGUGGCAAUCGGGUCUUAGUAACGGUGCUUCCGCCGGAGAAAUCAUUGGAUUGUUCAUCAACGGAUGGGCUUCGGAGCGAUUCGGGUACCGAUACACCAUCAUGGCAUGUUUGAUCCUUGUCAGCGCGUGGACAGCGAUCUUUUUCACAGCCCCGAAUAUUCAGUCACUCUUGGCUGCGGAAAUCCUGUGCGGUAUUCCCUGGGGCGUGUUCCAGACGUUGACCGUCACAUACGCCUCUGAGGUGUGCCCCGUCGCGCUGCGUGGAUACCUGACCACCUACGUGAAUUUCUGUUGGGGUGUUGGCCAGUUGAUUGGAAUCGGUGUUAUCAAGGCAAUGCUAAACCGGGAUGACCAGUGGGCCUACAGAAUCCCCUACGGACUUCAAUGGAUGUGGCCCGUCCCACUGUUUAUUGGUAUUUGGCUUGCACCCGAGUCUCCUUGGUGGCUGGUUCGGAAAGGACGGACAGAAGAUGCAAAGCAUUCCCUUGAACGAUUGACUAGCAAGGAUCGCACAACCGAUUUUGAUCCCGACGAGACGAUUUCGAUGAUGGUCCAUACAACUGCUUUGGAAGCUAAGAUCACACAAGGUGCCAGCUACCUGGACUGCUUCAAGGGCAUUGAUCGACGCCGGACGGAGAUUGUCUGCAUGGCUUGGGCAUUGCAGAACCUGAGUGGUAACACCUUCUCCAAUUACUCGACCUACUUCUUGGAACAGGCUGGACUAUCUUCUUCCAAUUCGUACUCCUUCGCCAUGGGUCAGUAUGGAAUCAACAUGGUUGGCACAUUCGGUGCCUGGGCGCUGAUGGCUUUCGGAGUUGGUCGCCGAUCACUCAUUCUGUACGGACUAUGUGGCCUCUGCACCAUGCUGAUGAUCAUGGGAUUCCUCGGACUCGUCCCGGAGGCGCACAAGGACGCGGCCUCCUUGGCUACUGGCUCGAUGAUGCUCGUGUGGGCUCUUUUCUACCAGCUGACGGUCGGUACAGUCUGUUAUUCCCUGGUCGCCGAGUUAUCGACCCGCCGUCUGCAAAUCAAGACGGUUGUUCUCGGUCGUUGCCUGUACAACAUCGUGGCCAUCAUCUGCGGUGUCCUCACACCGUACAUGCUGAACCCCUCGGCCUGGAACUGGAGCAAUUACGCCGGUUUCUUCUGGGGUGGUAUCUGCUUUCUUUGCAUUAUUUAUGCCUAUUUCCGCAUCCCUGAGCCCCGAGGCCGCUCAUUUGCCGAGCUGGAUUUGCUUUUCGAGCGUGGAGUCAGCGCUCGCAAGUUUGCGACCACACAAGUCGAUGUGUUUGAUGAAACUAUCGAAGGACAAGUCAUCGAUAACUACCGGGCACAAAAACAUGCCCACAACGAACCGAGCCAGACGGAGAAGAAUGCUGGCUUCCAAUGA